AUGCAGCAGGUCCUCGAAGCUCGGCAGAUCGUUCCUCCAUUGGAAGUCUCAUACGCAGUGCCAGCAGGCGCAGAGGAGCUUCUCCAAAGCGCCACAGAGGUGAACACGCCGAGCAUCGCAAACACGCCCGAUUUACGAGGGCUGGACCAGGCGUUCCAGGAGACCAAGACGCUUACGGAUCUGCUCGCUCAGAGAGUUGCGUCUGCACAACCUUAUGAGCGCCAGAGCCCCGCUGGAGUAAUCGAGGCAGACAAGGCGCUCCAGGACCGAGCACGCACCCUCGCACCGGACAAUCGCCUUGCAGAGGAUUCGCUCUACGCUGCAUUGAGAAGUGUACCGCCAGCUUUGCAGCGGCUGUUACCAUACCUCGGCUCGAUUCAGAACCUCUUGACGGACAAACCCAGCGUCGCAACAGCACUCAGAAACCUGGCAACCCGAGUAGACCUCCUAGAGAACGCGUCAUUUUCGUACGUUCCGGGUGACGAGUUCAACGACAAGCACGACUUCAUGGACGGCCGCGUUACUGAGCUAGAAGGCCGCAUGGAUGAUCACGAUAAACUGCUUACGACGAUCGACGCGGCCCGAAGCGAACGAGGCCAUCUAUUCUUACGGCGCAAACCACACGUCGCGACAGAAGGUGGUUCAUUCGCGUCCAACGGAUCCUUUCGCAGUAAUGCCUCGUUGCAGUCAGCUACUUCUUCUGCCCUCAUAGCAGCUGCCAUAGACAGAUCUGAGGCGGAAGCGAGGCUCAAGAGUAUUGAAGAGCGCCUGAGCAAUUUGGAGGCCGUCGCUCCCCCCUCAUAUACUGAUCCAUGGGAGAUUGAAGUUGUGUUCCUCCCCUGGGGUCGGGAUCUGAAGGGUAUCUGGUUUUCUCCUGACGACCCGUUAACACAUGGCUCGCGCAGCACGACCCAGGAGUCGGAGGAGUGGACGCAAAGUCGGCCGUUCAGAGCUUCUGUCCCACUAGAGCAAGCCGGACACAGCGGCUGGAGCGAGAAGGCCAUACAGGACUGGACUGAUACUGCUGAUGAGUGGCUGUCACCGAGGGCCUGCGGGCCCAACAGUGUCGCAUACAAGCGAUUACGCAGUCGAGGAUUCGUCCGGAACAUCACUCUCGCAUCGCCAGGUGCACGGCAACUGCAGACAACAAUCCUGGCGUCCUUCGGUGAUCAUCUCAACAUUAUAUCCAGAAGCCCAAAGGACAUCGAGGACUCCGAACUGCCCGAUGCGGGAUCCAAUCAGACCACCUAUCUUGGCCUUCGAGCACCUUUCAUACCUCUGCGCAAAGUCCACAAGUCAUCGCGACUACGCUUCCUCACUCCAGCGGAGAUGUUGACGCCCGCCGUCUGGACCGCUGAAUUUCUGGCCUCAAGCGUGCUUAUGCGGGCCGCGCGUGGGCAGAAACGGCUAUUUGUCACACAUCGAGAUGCCUACCUGCAACACAGCGGAGGCGAUACUAUGGCCUGGAACUGGCAGAAGUUGAGGGAGCAACCUCGCAGGUCUUCAGAGCAGAACGAACACAACAUCAAUUCUACCCACGUUGGCGAAGGAGACGCCAAGGAGGCUUGCUGGGCGUACCAUCCCGGACUGGACCUUCCGCCGAGCGCCAACUCAUCCUUCGCAUCAAAUGCGAGCGUGCACAGUGCCCGCAGCGCCCCGGAGCAGGGCUCGUCCCGAUCUUCCAGGAAUCUCUCGUUGCACCCUGCAGCCAUGACUCUGUCCGCCUCUCAGCCGUCCACGAACACGCCCUACCUCCAGCCGAUUACUCCGCUCUCCGAACUGCCACCAAGACGGCCAGCCCAACUGCAACGAACCCGCACGCUCUCCAUCCCACCCAGCGACUCGGACGCCUUCGCCACCCUCCCCGCGCACCAGCCAAAGCGGCGCAUCCAGUCGCGCGAGCCUUCAUUGGCACCGCAAUCCUCGACCAACAUCGCCUCCCUCUCCAAAACCCGCCACAAGCGCCGCAGGACGCACUCCCCCGCGGUGCUCAUCCCGCGCAAAGCCAGCAACGAGGACUCCGCCUACGCCUACGGCUCGCGCUUCACGCCGCGCCGCUCCAAAGAACCGCCCUCCCCGUUCUGCUCGUCGCACCCGGACGUCCGCGUCCCGUCGGACGGCGGGAGCAGGAGCCAGGUCACGGCGCCGCCGAAGAGCGGCGGGACGCCGUUUGCGUAUGCGACGCCGCAUAGUGGGCCCGUCGCUCCGAUGCAUUAUGUGGACGGCGGCGACACGGAGCCGGACAGCGACAACGAUCGUGCGGAGGAGUGGAAAGGCUUUAAGGACGAGGAGGAGGAGGUGGCGCGGGGCCGGCAUGGGCGAGUGCGCGGUGAGAGCGGGGAGGAGGCUGGGAUGGGGGGAGAUGAGCUUGAUGAGGAUGGGUUUUCGGAUGAGGAGGAGGGUGGGGAGAGUGAUCUUUAUGAAGAGAUGGAUGAGGACGACGGCUGA